GGAGGAGGAGGAGGAGGAGGGAGGUUGGAGAGGGAAGUUCGUCGACAGAGAGGGGUGGGUUCGUAAAGUUGGAGGAAGUACGGGAGAAGAAAGGGAUUGGGCUGGUUAAUCGGGAAAGAAACCAACUUUUUUUUUAGGGGGGGUGUGGGAAAAGAGGCUGACAGAUGUCACGGAUACGGAUGAGAAGUAGAGUUAAUGUCAGCCGGCUGGUAUGGGGAUUCUUUUUCCCCCCCUUUCCUUUCCCCUUCUUCUUCUUCUAUUACUCCUUGUCUUUGGUGAUAGGAAGCCCGGGGUACCGGGGAGACUCUUGGACAGUGGGGGCACAGAGGAAGAGAAGCGCACACUGAGAUACAUAACUACCUAUCUACAUAGUACAGGUACCAAGGUACCUCAGAUAAGUCACAUACCUAGAUACCUAGGUAGUCUAUCUGGGUAGGGUGGCGAUGCAGGACGAACCUGAAAGGACACGAGGGCAGAUGUUAAAGAUAUGGCAUGACAAGGAAAAGAGGGACCGCCAACCGGUAUUCGAUCCGUUAGCGCUCCUUUGUUCACUUGCCUUGUGGAUGGCCAACAAGAC